AUCAAUUUCCUCUCCUCUUUUCUUUCCGCAGCUUCUUUACAGUCAACACAAUCAUUCAAGCAAGUAGUGUAUAUAUAUAAAGACACAAGAAUUAUUCCUGACAGACAACAGAUAUCAUUUUCGCACCAACUACUCUAAGAGCCAAGAUCUAAUCAUAUAUAAGAGAGAACUGAUCAUUAAGGAGACAGACUUCCCAAUAAUGGAUAUGUCAUCGGCUACAUGGUGGUCUGAAAUGGAGAUUAUGGAUAUGAAUGAUCUUCAAUACGUUGAACACUGCCAGUCGAUGACCUCGUCAUUAGAUGAAUUGCCUUUCAAUAAUAAUUAUCCCUUUUCCCCUUGCACCUAUGGUAUUCAGGCUGCUGGAAUAUUGGUAGAGGAGCCAGUUUUUGGAAUGGGAACUGAUCACCGAAAUACCUAUUUCUCUUCUCCUUCUCCUCCGCCUUCUUCUUCUUCCCCGAGCGUCAUUUCUUUUUGCAACACCAACUCACCAUCAAUCCAAAACUACCAAGAAAACUUGAACAGCUCGGUCAAGACUGAGGUUCCAUCAGGAAUUACUACCAUAAACUUCUCCUCUCAAACUUGUCCAGAUUCUGAUUUAGACGAUAGCCAGCAUCUAUUCCAGGCCAUGGGAUUUGGCGCUGGCGAUAUUAAUCAGAAGAAGAGUUAUAGUAGAACGCCUUUGCAGGCACAAGACCACGUUCUCUCAGAAAGAAAACGAAGAGAACGCCUUACCCAGUGCUUCAUAACUUUGUCUACCCUCAUCCCUAACCUAAAGAAGUUGGACAAGGCAUCAAUACUUGGAGAUGCGAUAAAAUAUAUAAAACAACUGGAAAAUCAAGUAAAAAGCCUUGAGGAAGAAACAAAGAAAUUUAGCGAGGAACCAGUGGUUGCAGUUAAGAGAAGUCGCCUGCUCUCAACUUAUGACAACUCCUCAUCUUCUGAUGAAAACUCCAACACUAGAAGGACCAACAAAUCAGUCCCAGAGAUUGAAGUUAGAGCUGCAGAUGGGAAUGUUUUGAUUAGAAUUUAUUGCAAAAAGCAAGCGACGAUAAUAAAGGAAAUAUUCAGCCAAGUAGAGAAGUUCAAUCUCAGUAUCAUUAGUAGCAGUGUCAUGCCUUUUGGCGACAUCAGCACCUACAUAACCAUUGUUGCUAAGAUGGAUCAUCAGCUAAACAUGACAGCAGAAUAUGUAGCUAAAAGAAUACGUGAGACUAUAAUGAAACUCGUCAGCAGCCAUAUUGACGUUUAACGAAGCCAGCUCCAGAUUUUCAGACGUUAAUGUAUUAAGUGAUAAUGUUAAAUUUAGAAUUUAUAGGGUGGGUCUCAUGACUUGGUUUUUAGGAGGUUUUCAUUAUUGUGGACUGGGGCUUUGCUUCUCUUUUUUUCGGGUCACAAGUUGGGACCCGUUUAACAAUUGCCCCACUUGCUACAAUUGAGGAUGUCACCCUCUAUUUUGACAAGUCAUGGAAUUCCACUAAGUGGUCUUCUUUUGUUCUCCUUUGGGGGGGGGGG